AUGUCGUUUGAGAACGACGAGUCGCCGUACUGCAUCGAUUUCACAAAAAAUAUCGGCCGAGCCAAUAAAUGCUUGGACAAAAAUUCGCAGACGAUCCCCGACCUCAUCUACCUGAAGGCACGGAUAAAGGAUAGAAUCGCGUUGGCUUUUGAUGCUGAGAAAGUCGGGCUGACGUUUGAGAAAUGUAAAACAGAGAUGGAGACUAUAGCCGCUGGGUUCUUGGCUUGUGGGCUGAAGCCGGGCGAUCGGAUACUAAUUGCCGGUUCAAAUUAUUCACAGGUAUUCUUAUGCGCACUCGGCGCAUCACGAGCUGGACUUAUCUUCACACUGGCUAACCCGGGAUUCCCGAAUUCCGAAGUAUUCGCCAACAUUUUAAACAAGGGUGCCUACAAAGCAGUCGUUUGUUUUCCGGUGGCCAAAUUGCGCGAAUAUCUCUAUGGGCUUCUCCUCGAGCUUCACCCCGGGAUUAAGGUUUCUGAAAGAGGAAAUAUCCAGUCAGAGGCCCUACCCACACUCACCCACAUCUUUCUUGCCGAGGAGGACUGUGCCCAUGCUGGAUGUUUCACGCUCUCUGAUGUCUAUUUAAAAGCGACGCCGGAAAUGUUGAAACGGCUUCCAUCGCCCAAUUCGUUCGAUGAGAAUCGGGUGGCUUGUUUGCAAUUUACUCAGGGUGGUUCCGGCGAGCCGAAACUCGUCGCACUGACCCAUUUUCAACUGUUGAACGGUGCGCGAGCUGUUGUACAUGCAUUUAAGGUUAAACGAGAGCACAUCCUCUCCUGUGCGCUACCGCUCUUUCGGAUUCCAAUUUUUACGCUUUGCUGCCUGGCCCCAUUCCUGACAGAAUGCCGUACCGUAUUCCCCGAGCCAUCGCCUUUGCCGCGGAAUCUCUAUCAGAGCAUUCAGAAAUAUCAAUGUACGACAUUGAUCACAAACGGUGCGGCCCUACGGCUACUGCUGAAGGUCUCCUCGGCGAGCAAGGCCAAGCUCGCCUCCAUCCAGCGGUUGAUGCUCAUCGGCGAGCGGGUGCCCCAAGAAUUGCUGUUCACCAUCAAGAAGCAGUGCGUGAAUGCGCAGAUCAUUGCGGUGGGGUAUUUGUUGACGGAGACCGGGUCGAUUCCGAUAAUGGCCGACGAGCAAUGCGAUUUCCGGAAAAAUGUUGGGCGAGCGAUUGCCGGAUAUGAGGCCGACCUCGAGCCGAUUGCAGACGCGUCGCUGUUCGCCAGCGGGUUGGGCGAGCUGAAGAUACGCCCAUUCCAGGGUAGCACCUUUGCCGGCUACUCGCCGAAAUUGGCGGCGAAUGAGGAGUGGAUCUACACGGGCGAUAUCUGCCGCCGUGACUUUCAGGGGAAUUUUGAAGUGGUUGCCCAGAAGGAGGAUUUGAUCUAUGAUGCGGGCAAUCGCCUGGUGCGACACUGGGAUACGGAGAAGAACUUGAUCCGCAGCGAGCUGUUGAAGGGAUGUCAGCUGGUCUCGGUGGCGCCGGGCGAGCCGAUGAUAGCCGUGUGUGUCUGCAAGAAUCAACAAUCGCAUCUACACUUUGUCCGCAGCGAGCUGCUCAAAAUUUGUAACAAUGCGAAGGUGCCGAUCCCUCAGUUGUGGGCAUUUGUCGAUGAUUAUCCAAGGGUGAAUUGCCGCAUUCAAAAAUGGAAACUACGCCAGAUGAUCCGCGACAAUUUGUUUCCAGUUUUC